AUGGCUGAGAACGACCUACCACUCACGAUUUUUCAGAGCAUUGUAGGCAUUACUGGGAUCUGUGGUAAUGCUUUGGUCUGCGUGGUGAUCGCUAAAAUCCGCUUCAUGCACACCCUGACCAACGCCUUUAUCUUCAACCAAGCCCUAAUCGAUCUCUUUGGGUCCUUCAUGAUUUUGCUUAACAAUCUGGUGCCGAUUCCAGACCCACUACCUUCAAAUAGUAAUGGUGUGCUGCUCUGCAGACUUUGGCUCUCUGGAUACUUCAACUGGGCGCUGUUUGUGUCGUCCACCUUUAACCUGGUGGCACUGACUUUGGAGAGGUACCUGGCCAUAGUAUUUCCGUUCAGGUACCAAGUGCUAGGUACUCGCAAAAACGCUCUAAUCAUAAUAGUCAUAGUCUGGGUGUCGGCUUUCUUGUUCACUAGCUAUGGCGUGUUCAUUCGCUACUAUAAAGGCGGCCAAUGUAAGCAGAAACUCGUGGCUCAUCCGGAAGUUCUGGGUGUCGCCGUUUUCGCGGUGACAUUUCUUUUACCCGUCAUUGUUAUGCUGGUCGUCUAUGCCCACAUCACCGUCGUUCUGAAGAGAGGAGCCGGAAGAAUUCAGCCCGGACCAGCGGCUGCUGUUCCGUCUACCGGCACAGCUCCCGAAGGCCAGGGGGAGUCGCUGAUGAGAGCUCGCCGUAACACCUUCAAGACUCUCCUGCUGGUCUUUGUGGCGUUUACCAUUUGCUGGACGCCCAACGAGGUCUUUUUCCUACUCUUUAACCUGGGUGUCGACGUUAACCUGACUUCUACCAUCUUCUUUGUUACUGUUGCUAUGGUUUCUACUAAUAGUUGCUUGAACCCCUUCAUUUACGCCAUCAAGUACAAACAGUUCCGAAAAGCUCUGAAAACUCUCUUUGGCAGACAAGGCGGGAUUGAAGACGAAUCGACACUGGCGACCGUCGCUACUGCCCACGAUUGA